AGAGAGUGAAGAGUGCAGCCCUGCUGUAUUCACUGAGCGAGUAGGUUCAGUUUACGUGGACUCAGAGAGCAGUUAAAAUGCUCUCAAUCCAGCGUAGUUUAUUUUUCAGGUGGACUUUAGUAGUAGUUUGGCAUUUUGUUCUGCUGAUGACUGAGACCUCCGGUCUAAAACCAGAAGACAAACAUCUAAACCCGUCCACUGUGCCCCAUGAUGCCCGGCUGGCCGAAGGAAACAGCCUCUGCUCCGGAAGGCUGGAGAUGAAACAUCAGGGAGAGUGGAGGGCUCUGAACACCAAAGAAAGAGAGGCCGCGGUGAAGUUCAUGUAUGCACGAGUGGCAUGCAGACAGAUGGGUUGUGGCUCUGUAGUUUCUAUAGCACACAGGCCCAACAGCAGCGGCCCCAAACCAGCAUGGGAGGUUAAUUUCACCUGCAGAGGCACUGAGCAGACCCUGAAAGAGUGCAGCAGUGCUACAACAAAGAGAAGAGUGCAGAGGAAAGAUUUUUCUGGCUACAGUCUGGAGGUCAUCUGCUCAGAGUCCGUGAGGCUUCUUGGAGAAUCGGAUACUUGCAUGGGGAGUGUGGAGGUGAAGUUAGAUAAUGGUUGGGCCUCAGUGUGUGAGGAUGGCUUUGAUUCUGAGGCUCAAAAGGUGGUCUGCAGGGAGCUCGGCUGUGGGCCUCCAGGGUCUUUUAGGGGGACAUUUAGAAAAGGAGAAGGAACGGUUUUAUCCAAACAGCUCCAGUGUCGAGGCAACGAGUCUCGUCUCGUGGACUGUGCCAGUUCGAUCCACAGCAACUGCACACCAGUGUCUGGAAUUUUAUGCUCUUAUCUUCAUGAGUUGAGACUGGUGGAAGGAGAAAAUCACUGUAAAGGCACACUGGUGGGAAAGGAGGACGGAGAGUGGAGGCCCAUUUCUGAUCCGUGGGCUGUCACGGAACUGAAACACUUUGUUGACGUUUGUCAGAAGGUGGGCUGUGCAGAUGCCAUCUCAUAUUCACAGAUUUAUCUUCCACAAAGUCAACCUGUGUGGUCACUGUCAACCAGCUGUCGUAGUUACUCUGGUUCCUCUUUCUGCGAAGCAUGGAGCGAGGAAUUUUCGACCGUAGCCAUUAAUAUGACUUGUUCAGAGUCUGUGAGGCUGGCGAAGCUACACUCAAUCCACAGAUGCUCAGGCAAGGUCGAGGUGAAGUCUGGUCAAUCAUGGGUUCCAGUGUGUGAUUCUUUCUUCAGCCCACAGACUGCCAUAGUCACCUGUAGAGAUCUCCAGUGUGGGUUUCCUUUGACUUACCAUCGGUUGGACAACAGCGGCCAUUUCCAAAAUGCAGAACUCGCCUGGAAUCCGGUCUUUAUGUGUGAAGGCAAAGAGGAGCAUCUCAUGGAUUGUCCCUCCACUAACAUCAAUACCACAGAACAACUACGACAAUGUGGAAACACUCACCUGACCUGCACAGAACGUCCACCCCAACCUUACAUCACCGUGCAUGUCCAGGAGGAAGAGGUUGUGUUAGAUGAUUUCCCACAGGUUCCUGAGAGCCAUCGCUUUGCCAUCUCUUGCAGCUUGUCUUCACCUUACAACAUACUCUCCAUCCGCCUAACCCAUCUUACUAAGCCCCUGACUGAGCAAAUCCAGUCAGCUGUCGAUGGGAGAGCCAUCUUCAUGUUUCCUGCUGCAGAGGACGCCCACAAAGGGAUCUAUCAGUGCGACUACAACUAUGAUUUCAGUUCAGACAUUUUCUCAAGGCCAAAGAUUUUCACUCUCACUAUAAAAGAGAACAAUUAUGCGAGGUUGGUGAACUGGAACAGCAGCUGUGCAGGUAGACUGGAGGUGGAGCAUCAGAAGGAGUGGAGACCAGUGAGCCACCAGCACUCCUGGGGUCUGAAGGAGGCCGCUGUGCUGUGCAGACAGCUCAAGUGCGGCUCCGCUGUCUCAACCCGUAAAGAAGACAAGUCGACUGAACUUACGUGGCGCUUUUACUCAGAUUGUAACGGCUCUGAACAUGCGCUGAUGGACUGCGGGGCGGUGAAGCAGUGGCUUUCCUCUUCCACUGUUGAAGUGGUCUGCUCAGGCACCCUGCUUCGGCCAGAAAUCACCGUUUUCUCGAGUAGUGUGCUCUAUGACGACCAGCAGCAGGGUGUUCAGCUCUUCAAGGGCCACAGCUUCAUCGUCAACUGCUCUGUGGAGCCACAAUACCCCGGAGGUCACUUCAGCCUCAUCUUCACAGGCCUCAACCAAACCCACAGCCGCACCCAUCCAGCUGUCAAUCACUCUGCCUUCUUCACCUAUGCUGCUGCAGACCAGGCCCACCAAGGGAACUACAGCUGUGUUUAUCACAACUUUGUUUUCAAUGGUAACUUUUCUUCUGAGAGCCAGAGCCUCUCGCUCAGGGUCGAUGUCGAAUUUCUAAAUGUGAUGCUGGACGAUGGCGUGCUCAGAGAGGAUGACAGCGAGACCUGUGCCGGCAAACUGUUGGUGAGGCCGAAGGAAGCGUGGAGACUGCUGAGUGCAGAGUCCACAGUCUGGGACCUGAAGCACGCUUCUAUUGUGUGUAGACAACUGGGCUGUGGUUCCGCCAUUUCAACCAGUGAGAUAGAUCUUCCUGUAAAGGAAACCGUGGCGCGUUUUUUCUCUGACUGUGAUGGAUCUGAGUCUGCACUGCUGGACUGUGGCGCUGUAAAGGAGUGGUUCUCCUCCUCUGCUGUUGAGGUGGUCUGCACAGGCGAGACAUUAACAAGUCCUAGGUCUUAGUGAACAAGGCGGACAAACAGUUAUUCAUACCAGUGUCCUCUGGAAACCUAAUGCCUGUUAAAUUACUGCUUUACUACAUCCCAAAAUCUGAAUUAUUAUGGGUGCAGUUGGAAAUCUGGGUAUUAUCAUUAAUUCUGACCUUAAUGUCCAGAACCACAUCACCAACACAACAAAAACGGCCUUUUAUCAUCUCAAAAUAUAUCCAACAGUAAGAGGCUUAUAGUCUCAGACACAGAAAAACUAAAUUGUACUUUUUUUUACUUUAUAAAGUCCUACAUGGCCUUGCUCCAGAGUACAUCUCUGCUCAUCCAGUAUGAACCUCACAGAGCUCUAACUGACAGAGGUUAACUGGUUUGGACCUUCUAGUUGUCCAUCUGAAGAGGCGUUUGGUUUUUAUUGUCCUACCUCCUGGAAUACUUUCCUAGAGAGGUGCUUUAACAUUGACACUGUUUGAAAGCAGAAUGAAAUCAUUCCUCUUUCUACUUUCACCUUCACUGCAAAUAUUAAAGAACUCUUUGUGCUGCGUCUCUUCAAGGCCAUCAGGGGGCAGCAGCAGGCAAGAACUGAGGACAUGAAGGUGGAAGUAAAACCUUGAAUGGUCUUCAUCCUGGAGACAUACUCACUUACAACCUCCAUUAUAAUAGUGUUGUAUUAGAAUCAAAUGUAUUGAUUAACUGCAGAUGCUGGAAUAAAACAGUGGAUAAGAGGUGAUAACUAGUAAGGUAAUUGGACAGCUGUACUGUCUUCAUUGUUUUUAUUGGUCUCACUGCAUUUGUGUUCCUCAAAUAAACAAACAACCUCA